AUGGCUGCCUGGGUUGUCCCUCACUUUCUUGAUCCCAGUGGCGGCGCCACGUACAGGUCAGGGUGUUCCCAGUCCCGUCGAUUUUUAUCCAAAUGGUAUAAAGAUAGAUACUGGUUGGAAUAUAGUAUAGACAAAGAAGCAGUAUUCUGUUUUUAUUGCUACCUAUUUGGGCAAGAUGUUGGUAAGCAAGGGGGAGGUGACACUUCUGUAACGAAGGGAUUCAAACUUUGGAAUCAGAAAGAUAAGUUAAAUUCUCAUGUUGGAGGAGUUAAUAGUGCUCAUUACCAAGCUGUCCAGAAGAGUAAUGAUUUGUUAAAGGAAAAGCAACACAUUCAAAAUGUUUUUGUUAAGCAAUCAAAUCAAGAUAAAAUUAACUAUCGGAUUCAAUUAAAUGCAAUAGUUGAUUGCAUAAGAUUCCUUUUAUGCCGGGGAUUAGCUUUUCGUGGUCACGAUGAAUCUCAAGGUUCAAGUGAUAAAGGAAAUUUCCUUGAGCUUGUACAAUUUUUGGGGGAUCACAAUGAAUCUAUCAAUGAAGUGUUGCAAAAAGCUCCGAAAAAUUGCAAGCUUACCCACCCUGACAUUCAAAAAGAUAUUGUGAAUGCAAUUGCACGUGAAACAUCCAAAGCCAUCAUCAAGGAUCUUGACAAUGGGUUCUUUUCAAUAUUAGUUGAUGAGUCACGUGAUAUCUCAGUGAAAGAACAAAUGGCCCUCGUUCUUCGUUAUGUGAACAAAGAAGGAAUUAUUAUAGAGCGAUUCCUUGGUAUUGUACAUGUAGCAAGUACUACCGCUUUGUCACUCAAGCAUGCUAUUGAAUGUUUACUUUGUGAACAUAAUUUGAGUUUAUCGAACCUACGUGGGCAAGGUUAUAACGGGGCUAGUAAUAUGCAAGGUGAUAUCAAUGGUCUCAAAACUUUAAUUUUGAAAGAGAACAAGUCAGCAUUUUAUGUCCAUUGUUUUGCUCAUCAAUUUCAACUGACACUUGUUGCUGUUGCUAAAAAUCGCAUUAACAUUGCAGAAUUUUUUUAUGUGGUUAGUAAUUUAGUAACUGUUGUUGGAGGCUCUUGUAAGAGACGAGAUGCUCUUCGAGAUACACAAUUUGCCAAAAUUAAAGAAGAUUUAGAGAAUGGUGUACGUAGAAGUGGGCAAGAGAUUAUUGAAGAAGAUGGCCUCUCCGACCAAAAAGUUGAAGCUCGAUCUAUUAUGAGGCUUCAAGGAGUUAGUGAACUUGCUGAAAAGUUAGUGAGCACAAGAAAACACGAGACUUAUCCAUUAGUCUAUUUGCUAGUGAAGCUAGCUUUGACCCUUCCAGUUGCUACUGCAACAGUAGAAAGAAGUUUUUCAGCAAUGAAAUAUAAGCCUGGAACGGAAACCGCAUUUCUUCUCGACGAAACAAAAGGUGGUGCACGGAGGCUAGGCCCAAAUUGCUUUUGA